CCUCAUGAUACUUGUGGAGUCAAGGCUCUUCGAGCAGCAAGAAAACAACGUUGCAUGACGCGUUCUCAGACAAGUGAGCGAGCUAAUUUAGAGACUGACAGUUGUAAGCAUCAGGUUGACAGCCAGCAACAAUUUGAAGAUGCAUAAAUUCAGAUUGCUUUGGGGUAUUCCCUGUGACAAUCAACUAUUCUUUUGAGAAGUGGAAACGAUCUAUAUACAUAAGCCAGGGAUCAGAGUGUAUUUACGAAUACUGUUAAUGUGAAUAAUCACAUUGUUCCAGAACAUCAAGGGGAAAUUAACAGAAUUUGACAUUGACUUGAUACAAGUUCACAAAGAAGCCUAUUUAACAUAAUAUCAAGAUGUCAUCUAAAAGCACAGAAACAUAUGACAGUGAUGAUGAUUGGGACAUGCAGCUUUACCCAACAGAGUGUCCAGACUCAAGUAAUGAUGACGAUACAGGAGCAGACGCGUCAGAUGAACGUGAAGAUACAGAAAGUGAUAGUGAAGCUCCCGCUAUACCUCCACUUAUAACACUGAGGCAAAGAAGAUUGAGCAAAUCUGUUGCUUUGGCAUCUCUUAAUACUCUUCAAGCCAAUUCAAACUCAUUGAAACUAACUGUUAACACUGCACGUGCACGAGCAAAAUUCAAUUGGGCUUUGGCUAUUAGAAAGGCCAAAUUGCUAAAUGACCCAUGGAAAGCUUUCCAUAUUGAGGAUAUUGAUUCAGAAAUUUGUAUCCGACAUCGCUAUAACCCACAUAAGAAAACUUGGUUAACAGAUGAAGUUAAGGUCAAGAUAGAAUCCAAGUCGUUUAACAGAGGAGCAAUGAGAAAAUGCUACCGACUAAAGAAACUCUCUCAGUUCCUCAAGCAUCCAGACUGGAGUCAUGCUGGAAACUAUGUGGCCAAAAACUACAUACAGGCUGUUGACAGAGAUGUUUACUUCCAGGAUGUCAAACUUCAGAUGGAUGCCAAGGUCUGGGCAGAAGAGUACAACCGACACAAACCCCCCAAAAAGGUGGACAUAUUCCAAAUGUACAUCUUGGAGUUUAAGGACAGGCCAGGCUGUCCAUUGUAUCACCUUGAGCACUUCAUAGAAGGUCAUUACGUCAAAUACAACUCAAACUCUGGGUUUGUUGAAGACUCCACACGUUGCACUCCACAGGCUCUUAGCCACUUCACAUUUGAGAGGUCUGGCCACAUGCUGAUAGUGGUGGAUAUCCAGGGAGUGGGUGACCUCUACACUGACCCUCAGAUACACACCAUUGAGGGUAAUGAGUAUGGAGAUGGUAACCUGGGAGCUAAGGGCAUGGCCCUUUUCUUUCACUCACACAUCUGUAAUGAUAUCUGUAGGAGUCUUGAUCUUACUGAGUUUGAUCUCUCUCCUUUGGAACUCAAUGCCCACAAAGACAUCCUUCGUCAUCAGAGAAAGUCUAUGAUGAAAACAAGGUUACGAGGGGACGAGGAACGCUGUAUUUCUCUUUCAUCCCCUGACACAAAGAUUGAUAUUACUCGUUUCUUGGAGCGCCAGCGAUCCAACUCAUCAAUGCAUAGUGACUCUGCAAUAGACGAAGAUACAGACGAGGGCAUGUUCAUUGAAAGUCCAUCACCAGGGGUGAGACAUAGUCGCAUGAGGUUCAUCAGUGAAUCGGAAAGAUCUGACAAGUCUGACAGUCAGUCCUCAAUGACAGCAGAGAUUGAUGGACAUGGUGCGCAUCAGGAGGAACGCGAGGCAUUCCAGAGAAUGGCGCAGCAAAGAGCUCGGCCAUCUUGUGUUGCUAUGGAGGUUGACUUCAGGAAACUGAUGAACAUAAAAGUUGGAGAUUCUACAUUAGGAAAGAUUCAUCAUGAGGUGGCUAAGUAUCAUGAAGUGGGCAGAUUUGUGGUUGGAGAGGAGAGAAAUGAGAAAGACAUUGAUUGGGAAUCUGCCAUAUUUCACGAGGAGCAUGCUGCAGAGCUGGGAGAGAUGGAAGCCAUACUGACACUGUCUAAGCUCUAUCUUGACAUGGAGAGGGAAGUCCUGCUAAACUGUGUUGUAGAGAAAAGUGACGAGAACUUCAACAUUGGUGUUGACUACAUGGUGGAGGCUGCUGAGGCUGGAGACCGAGGAGCAAUGAUCUACAUGGCUAAAGCAUUCGAAACUGGUAAUGGACUCGGCACAAAAAGGUCAAUAUCGUGGGAGGAUUCUCUGUCCUGGUAUGAACGGGCUAUUGAGACUGACAACCAUGAUGAAGGAGGCGAGUACAGCUGUACAAUGGAGGACCCUGUCCAUAUCCUUAUAGCCAAGAAGGCUGAACUACUCCACAAAGGAGGUCAUGGGCUUGAAAAGGACCCAUCACAAGCUGGUGACUUCUACAAUGAGGCUGCGGAGGCAGCAAUGGCUGCCAUGAAGGGAAGACUUGCAAACAAAUACUUUGCUUUGGCGGAGGAGGCAUAUGGCGAGGUUGAGGAGUGAGGGAGCUUUGGCGGAGGAGGCAUGUGGCGAGGUUGAGGAGGUUCGGAGGAGGAGGCAAUCGGCGAGGAGUGAUGGAGGUGUAGACUACUCCUAGAAGCAAUAGAUACAGAUGUCAAGCCUAGCAAAUCAUCAAGCGUUCUGAAAGAAAAGUGAUUUGAUGUUUUGAAGAUAUGUAUCUUAAUGUGACUGUAUUGUCAAUUUCUUUUUACUUUUGAGUAUGAUUUUGUAGAUUUGUAAAGGGCUAAGAAUGUCAGCUGGUUGUAUAGGUUUUGAUAUGUCUUUUGAUGUAAUACAACAGCUUUCCAGGAAAGUGUCACAGGUGAAGGUGUUUUGUUAGUGUUUUGUACAAGGGCAUACUGAAUACAUCCAGUCAGUGAUUAAAAUAGGUUUGAUAAAGUGUUCAUUCAGAGACAGAUGAGUACAUACAGAAUGUAUCCAUUUUCAUCACUCCCACAGCAACAUAAAGUACAGUAUAAUGGUACCUACCAGUGGCAGUUAAAACAGGACAUGUGCUGUUAAGUUGGCACUCAGGGUAUCUAUAAGAGGACCUGCUAACUGAUUAGGUACAUAUUGUACCUAUCACAAUCUAUGUCAACCCGACGCUAUCUUUAUACCCUACCACCGACCUAAAUACAACUACUACAAAUAGGCUAAGUAAGAAAUUAAAUUCUUGAUGACUUUGUGCAUAAGAUGUGAAGUCAUCUUCAGUGAUAUAUUCUGUGAUAAGUACCGGUAACAUAGACAACAUUCUUGUCUCUAAUAUAUACAAUGAUACACAGAUAUGCCCUGUGUUAGAUAUUAGCUGAUGAAGAUAUUUUAAGUUAUGAGAUUAGUUAGAAUUUUUCCUUCAUUGUUAAUUAACCUGGUAGUUUCUCCAUGUUUCUGUAAUAUAUGCCCUAUACCAUUGUCGCACCCCACAUCUAAUUUUGAAAAUCUGAUGGAUUUCUUAUUACCUGGUCAAUAAGGUACUACGAAAUUGCCUGUUGGGUGCGAAGUUGACCCUUUACAAAAAGUGAGUAAUUCUGUUCUUCCUUUGUACAAAUCAUGAUGUCUUUGCCUCUAAAUAUAUGAAGUUUAUAAAACAAUUUUUCGUGUAACUCAUUUUGAUGAAAUUGAUAUUUGUUAACACAUUUGUAGAUAAGUUUUACUGAAGUUGAGUGCGAUGUCAUAUAAUGUUACUGAAGUGUAUUAUAAUGUUGUACAAGUGUAUAAUGAUGUAAUGUAUUUUACUGAAGUGUAUUGUGAUGUCAUGUAUUUUACUGAAGAAGUGGAGUAUGAUGUCAUGUAUUUUACUGAAGUGGAGUAUGAUGUCAUGUAUUUUACUGAAGUGGAGUAUAGUGUCAUGUAUUUUACUGAAGUGGAGUAUGAUGUGUAUUUUACUGAAGUGGAGUAUGAUGUCAUGUAUUUUACUGAAGAGGAGUAUGACGUGUAUUUUACUGAAGUGGAGUAUGAUGUCAUGUAUUUUACUGAAGUGUAUUGUGAUGUGUAUUUUACUGAAGUGGAGUAUGAUGUCAUGUAUUUUACUGAAGUGGAGUAUGAUGUCAUGUAUUUUACUGAAGAGGAGUAUGACGUGUAUUUUACUGAAGUGGAGUAUGAUGUCAUGUAUUUUUGUUGUUUUUUCAUUUAAGUGGAGUAUGAUGUCAUGUAUUUUACUGAAGUGAAUUAUAAUAUCAUAUUUUACUGAAGUGUAUAAUGAUGUCAUAUGUUUUGCUGAGGUGAAGUACAAUGGAAAGGAUGACUACAGGGUUUCUGUUUUAUGUACAUACACUUUUGUCUUUGUUGCCAUAUAUUAUAUACAUGCAUGUAUAUUUAACAUGAUCUGGACACCUGUUCAAACCAGGCGACCAGGUUUCACAGUCUAUACUGGACAAAAGAUGUGGUGUUUGAUUGAUUGUUUCUGUGUACAAUAUGUUAUUUUGUGCAUAAAUAUCUACCAAUGUAUGAUAUCUGUAACUUGUGUUUAUGUUUAAAACAUAAAAGUUCAUACAAAGAAUCAAGAUAAUCUUGUGUUGACAUCAUCACAUAAAGUUGAAAGUGAAGGGCUGAUUGAUACUAGAAAAUUAAUUUUGUAAAACUGGAUAAACAUACAACAGUGUCACAGACAACAAAUGGUAGAAGUCAUCACGAGGACCCUGUGGAAGAUUAGCUAUGCUAAACAGGUUUUUAUAUCUGCAGUAAAUUAAGCUUAUUGUCAUGAAUUUAUAUGAACAGUAAAUACUUUUUGCUUAUUAUUACUAAAAGUAACAUGUAUCUCAAUAGUAAAGUGUAAAACACUUGUAUUUAAAUUGAGUGGGUUUUCUGUUCCAUAAUGUAAAAUUCACAUUCAGACCUGCACACAAAUUGGAAUGAGGUGUUAUCUUGAUAUUCUGAUUUUUAGUUUGGUGUAUUUAUUUGAUAGUAUUUAAGAUUUAUCUCAUUCUCCAUGGAAGUUCAGUUUAUGGAACAUCAUUUAUGAAGAUUUGAUACACCUUUAGCAGUGCUAGUGUGAAGUUUUGUUUGUAAGCUUUCCUUAGCUUUGGUAAAUUUGAAGUUGAGCUUUGGUAAAUUGGAAGUUGCAUACCCGUGAUAAAUUUAGUAUGCUUGAUAGAAUAAUGGAAAUUUCCAUGGUAGAAUAACGGAAAUAUAUAUUGAAUAUUGUUUAGUCACAUUUUUGCCUCGCUGAAGAAACUUAAACCUAUAACCAAAUUCACAUACCAGAGUUCACCUUGGGGAUCGUCUAGUGUGCUGAUGUCAUUGAACAUGGACAUGUUGCUCUUGUAGGCCCUGUUAUUGGAUAUGGAUAUGGUGGAUUUGUAGGCACUGUCAUUGGAUAUGGAGGAUUUAUAGGCCCUGUCGUUGAACAUGGAUAUGAUGAACUUGUAGGGCAUGUCAUUGAACAAGGACAUGUUGGAUUUGUAGAGCCUGUCGUUGAACAUGGAUAUGGAAAACUUGUAGUGACUGUUGUCGAACAUAGAUUUGGUGAACUUGUAGGCCCUGUUGUUGCACAUGGUCAUAUUGGGCUUUAUGGCCUAUUGUUUGACAUGGAUAUGUUCGACUUAUAGCUAGGCCAUGCUGUUGGAGAUUACUACAGAGGACUUGUAGGACCUGUUGAACAUGGACAUGGUGGUCUUGUGGCCCUGUUAUUGAACAUGGACAUGGUGGUCUUGUGGCCCUGUUAUUGAACAUGGACAUGGUGGUCUUGUGAUUGAUCUGCAAGAGCCUCUGGUUUAAUAGUCCUCAGCUGUCGGUACCCCAUUUCAUAUUUUUUUCAUAAGUUUUCUGUGGUAACAUGAUCUACCUCCUUUUCUAUUAAUAUUUUAUGGUAGCACAGUGUAAGCCACAAUUCUGAUGUUCAUUGUGUGGAAAAGAAAGAUAAUCAUAUUGCAUUCUCUGGUGUUUGAGACAUUAAUUUUGUAUUGCUUCCUUAUUUUCCAUUUUAUUUAUAUAUCUAGCUGUAAAUUUAGCAAAAAAGUUCUUAUAGAAUUAACAUGUUUUGAAUUGUUUUAAUCCUUUCGGUUUAUCUUUAAUUUCCCUUUAGUUUGGAUUUAAAUGGUUUCUCAAUCUUUCUAAAAAUCCUCUUAAGAUGAGAAAUUAAUAAAAAACAAAAAAACAAAACAAAAAAACUGGUGAUUUAUUCAUUUUAUAAAAAAAAAAAAAAAAUGUCCUUGUGGUAAACCCAAAACAGUGGUCAAAAACCAUUUUUGUAAGAAAGUCUGAUUUUUUACAUGGGUGAUGGGGUAUGGGUUUAUUGUGUUUUGGAAAAUUUUGUACAUGUUUUUAUUUUGUUUGUAUAAACCAUGGCAGGAAUUUGAAUUGUUUUUUUUUUUUAUAUUUUUAUUAUUACAGCCCUAUGCUUUACAAGCAUACCUAUAUUAUGUCUCUUGUCAUGUAUAACAUAUAUGUCAUAUCAUUCAUGAAACACUUUGUUGUCCAUUGAAACUGAUCUCGCAUGUAACCUUUCCAACCCAGUGUAUAUAUAUGUUAAGAUGCUGUUACAGCUCUGAAUAAGUUAUCUGAUUUUUGAUUUGCCUUUUCUUUGUUCAAGGCAUAUGGAUAAUUGUUGCUAUGAGACUACCGGUAGUACCGGGUACCAACACCAACCAGGACUUCAUCACACACUCACGUCUUUGAUAAAUGUUAUCAGCAAGAUGCUAAUGAGUGGACUUUAUUCUAUUUUAAGUUUAUCAUUUUGCGAAUUCGAAAAUAAAAUGUAAUUUGAUUAUUUCUUAAGACUUUCAGUAAUGUAACCAUUAUAAGAUGCCAUAUGUAGCAUUACUGUUAGAUUCUAUACUCAUUCUCGACUUUUUGCUCUUUUCAUUUGUUAACAAUAUUUUGGAUGGGACUAUGUUUAUAUGACUAUUUUGUCUCUUUAACCUUCUACUUACAGUAGACAUGUAUAUAAAACUGCCAUAAGUAUUGUGUUUAUAUGACACCAAGUUAAUUAUUUCAAAUUAUUUUCUAGGUGUCACAUUUUACAGAACUGUAAGUCAGCUCUGCCCUGCUAUUGUGCAACAUUGUAACAGGUUUGUGAUAAUUUGAAAGUACAAAUGUAUUGGCCAUUCAGCCAUUUUUCAACUGACAAAAGGAUUGCAAUGUUGCUGACGUCAUUGAUAAACGUGGUGUAUAUGUAAUACAGAUGCAGAAAAUAUAGUUGUGUUACAUUUUAUAACUAAAUGUUAACACACAGGAGAGUGUUUUUGACUACAUACCUGACAUUACUGUACAAUACACUGACAUCACCAUACACUACAGACAUCACCAUACACUACACUGACAUCGCCAUACACUACACUGACAUUACCAUACAAUACACUGACAUCACCAUACACUACACUGACAUCACCAUACAAUACACUGAUAUCACCAUACACUACACUGACAUUACCAUACAAUACACUGACAUCACCAUACACUACACUGACAUCACCAUACAAUAGUGAUGUCACCAUACAAUACACUGACAUCACCAUACAAUACACUGACAUCACCAUACAAUACACUGACAUCACAAUACACUACAGUGCUGUCACCAUACAAUACACUGACAUCACCAUACAAUACACUGACAUAACCAUACAAUACACUGACAUCACCAUACACUACACUGAUAUCACCAUACAAUACACUGACAUCACCAUAAAAUACACUGACAUCACCAUACAAUACACAUUUCAUUAGGAAUAUAUAUCGCCUUUGUUGAAGACCUAACCAUGCAAUGGUGUUUCAUUUUUAGGUUAUAUAUGCCACAAGAUUACAAAAUUUUCCAAUAGAGCUCAUCUCUUCUAGCCUGAGUGUAUUAAAUUAUGAUAUAGGGAAGUUUUUGUUUUGUUGAAAAAUUACUUCAUUGGAUAUUUUGAAAACUUUUGAUUAUGAAUCAUAAUGUAAUAGAAAUUUACCAUGACAACAGAAAUAUGAUUAAAUCAGUUUUGCAAAGUUAAGUCUUCAAUGAUAUUAAAAUGCAAAAAAAAAGAAGAAAAAAAAAUGAAUUAAAAUUAUGGCUUUGAAAUACCUGUACUUUAUACAGAUCUUGAAAACAACUUUAAUUUCAGUACAGUACUUGAAAAGUCAUGUGUUUUUUUCAAGAAAGUUAAGAAAUUUUGAUAUUUAGGCCUUAGGUUUUACUUACUGUUGGUGGCAAAAUUUAAGAAAUUUUGGUUUAACAGUGAGAACACGGUGGCAAAAUUUAAGAAAUUUUGGUUUAACAGCGAGAAAUAAGAAUGAAUCACUAUUUUUAAGAAUUAUAUGUACAACAAAAACAGAAAGAUAGUUUGUGAUAUUUUGGGCAUUAAUUAGUUGGUCUUCCCCUCCUAACAUCUGAUGCAUUCCGUUUUUAAUGUUUAGAACUAAUUGUUAAUAAUAUCUAAGAUACUGCUGAUGUUUUCCUAUCUUGUAAACAAGAUAAAGCUCAAUUUUUGGCAUCGUCAGUCAUCCAUGGUCCUGAUGCUCUCAGAACCACGAGUUACUAACAAUAAAUUGUUGGCGUCUUCUAGAAUAUUACCUAUAUAAGCUGUGAUGUUCUAAUAGGAAUCACUGGGUUUGAAUGUCCACGAGAAGGAACCUAUUAACCAAACCCUGGAUAAAAGACCUGUUUUAUGCAGGUUGACAUAGACUUGUACUCACUUUGCUAUAUGAUGAUAGUAUGUUUCUGUGUCACUACAGCUGAUCUGUCUGAAGUAAUUGACAAUAAACCAUUUAAUGUGA